CCGUAUUCAGCAGUCAAUAAGCAGAGAACUACUCGUAUCAUCACCUUGAGGAAAAUGGCGUUUUUCUUCAGAAACACCUCUCUUUCUCAGCUGCGACUCCAACCUCAGAAGUCCGAUCCAUUUGCCCUUUCGCGUCGUGGAUUACACGUUGAACCGGGGCCUCGUGAAAAGGCUCUCUUAGCUGAGGAUCCAGCAUUGAAGCAAUUUAAAUCACAUAAGAAAAGCGUGAAGCGCAUCAAAAGAGUUGGAGAUGUUCUCACUAUUGUAGUUGUAGCUGGAUGUUGCUAUGAGAUCUAUGUCAGAGCAGUGAUGCGAGAGGAAGCACGAAAACAGGCAAAAGAGAGUGCAUAAUGGCUCAGUUCUGUAUCACUGAUCUUUUGAGAUUUCUGGUUAAAGAUAUUGCUCGAGUACUUUGAGAUUUUGGUUGGAAGAUACUUGUUGCAUGAGCCACAGAGUUUGAUGAUGAAAAUAAUUGCUUCUACAUGAUCCAAGUCACCCCUUCAAGCCCAAUUGUCAAUUAAAAUAGAGUGCAUUGUGCAGUGAUACUUCGAGAUGCAAGUGGGCUGUUUUAAGCUACGUUGUUGUUCUUUGGUUUGUGCCUUGACUGCACUGUGCUUUUCCCUUUAGUUUUUUUUUUUUUUUAAUUAAGUGGAAUAGACGUUGAAAUCUGAAAUUCAUGCAUCCUUAGUGACUUUUCUGGGCGCUAUUCUUAGCUGUUGAAAUUGAAAGUACUUGCAGUA